AUGGAUAGGUUGCAUUCUUCCAUGCGCAAACGGCUCUACAGCUUGCCACAUCACAUUGGACAGAAAGCUGCUAUGACUGGAGACGGAGAAGACAGCGACAAGGACACUCGGAGGAAAAGUGUCAGAAUGAAGCAUCUUCCUUCCCCCUCAUCCAUGGGGAGUGCCAAAGGUAUCAGCGAAGCCAAAAGCGGUGACGUGGAGACCGAUGUGGGGAAGCCUUUCAAAACCAAUGUCAACGGUGACUGCCGGAGGUUUAGGGGCAGUCUGUCUUCCAUCACCAGUCGGCAUGCCCCCGAGUCAGAUUCGGCGGAGCAAAGACGUCUUAUUACCGAAGGUGAUCCCAGCCCUGAGGAGGAGAGUCCGUCGGAGGCACCAGGCGGCGGAGAGGGACAAGGGGCACAGGGUGGUCGCAGUGAUGGAGCACGACAAGCGUCUCCUGACGAGCAGUCGACUUUCAUAAAGUUAGAGGGAAUGGAUCAAAUCAUGCCGGACGAUGAGAGGUUGUACCAGGCUGGUUUCAUGCACAGACAGUUUGGGGCAAUGCUACAACCAGGGGUAAAUAAGUUCUCCCUUCGAAUGUUCGGGAGUGAGAAAGCGGUGGAGAGGGAGCAGGAGAGAGUCAAAUCUGCCGGAUUUUGGAUCAUUCAUCCUUACAGUGACUUCAGAUUCUACUGGGACCUGAUAAUGCUUCUGCUGAUGGUCGGGAAUCUGAUCAUAAUCCCCGUGGGCAUCACCUUCUUCAAGGACGAGCACACUCCAGCCUGGAUCGUCUUCAACGUGCUGUCUGACACCUUUUUUCUGGUCGACCUAGUACUGAACUUCCGCACUGGCAUCGUGAAAGAGGACAGCACGGAGAUCAUCCUAGACCCGCAGCAGAUAAAGGUGCGCUACCUGCGCAGCUGGUUUGCCGUGGAUUUCAUCUCCUCCAUUCCCGUGGAUUAUAUUUUUCUCAUCGUGGAGACACGGAUCGACUCCGACUUCUAUAAAACGGCGCGAGCCCUGCGUAUCGUCCGCUUCACUAAGAUCCUGAGUCUAUUACGGUUGCUCAGGCUCUCGCGGCUCAUUCGUUACAUUCAUCAGUGGGAGGAGAUUUUCCACAUGACCUAUGACCUGGCGAGUGCAAUGGUUCGGAUAGUCAAUUUGAUUGGGAUGAUGCUGCUGCUUUGUCACUGGGAUGGCUGUUUGCAGUUUCUGGUUCCCAUGCUGCAGGAUUUUCCCUCUGACUGUUGGGUCUCCAAAAACAAGAUGGUGAACGACACUUGGGGUCAGCAGUACUCCUACGCCCUGUUUAAGGCUAUGAGUCAUAUGCUGUGUAUUGGGUAUGGCAUGUACCCACCAGUGGGCAUGACGGACGUGUGGCUGACCAUCCUCAGCAUGAUCGUGGGCGCCACCUGCUAUGCCAUGUUUGUGGGCCAUGCCACCGCCCUCAUUCAGUCACUGGACUCAUCACGGAGGCAGUACCAGGAGAAGUAUAAACAGGUGGAGCAGUACAUGUCCUUCCAUAAGCUGCCUGCAGACAUGCGUCAGAGGAUCCAUGACUACUAUGAGCACCGCUACCAGGGCAAGAUGUUUGACGAAGAGAGUAUUCUCGGGGAACUGAACGAACCACUCAGAGAGGAGAUCAUUAGUUUUAACUGUCGAAAGCUGGUGGCUACCAUGCCCCUGUUCGCUAAUGCAGACCCAAACUUUGUGACCUCCAUGUUGACCAAGCUACGUUUCGAGGUCUUCCAACCAGGAGAUUACAUCAUCAGGGAGGGCACGGUUGGCAAGAAAAUGUACUUCAUCCAGCAUGGGGUCUUGACCGUUCUGACCAAGGGAAACAAGGAGACAAAGAUCUCUGAUGGCUCUUACUUUGGAGAGAUAUGUCUGUUGACACGAGGCAGGAGAACGGCCAGCGUAAGGGCAGAGACAUACUGUCGACUGUACUCACUCUCUGUGGACCACUUUAACGAGGUUCUGGAAGAAUACCCCAUGAUGCGCCGAGCCUUUGAGACAGUAGCCCUGGACCGCUUGGACCGCAUAGGGAAGAGGAACUCUGUCCUCCAGCACAAGGUCCAGCGGGAUCUCAACUCAGGAGUGCUCAACUACCAGGAGCAUGAAAUCAUCCAGCAGAUCGUCCAGCAUGACAGAUACAUGGCUCACUGCGCACAUCUGACUACCACGCCUCCAAACACGGGUCCCUCUUCAACCCCUGCUCCAUCCUCUCACACUCCAGUCAUCUGGGCCCCGCUCAUACAAGCUCCCCUCCAAGCUGCUGCUGCCACCAGUUCCGUGGCCAUCGCAUUGACACGCCACCCCAAUCUACCCCACACUCUGUUUCGACCCCCUGUGCCUGUGCUGGGUUCUCUUAAAGAACCUUCUGGCCACUUGAAGAGGUUCUCUUUUAGCACCCCGUUUGGUGGUUCCACCUCUGGGACAAGCUCCAGUGUGGAGACCCCCAUCUUGGACUCGGUAAGAGCCAAGCAGCCAGCCACUUCCCCUGCCACUCAACCUGCUGCCUCCAGCUGUCUACCUUCCAGCACCACAACCACCAUAACCACCACCUCCUCCACCAUUAGUGAGGCAUCAGUGCCUCCAAAGCGAUACCCUUCCUCCAUUUACAGCUCUAGAGACUCCAGUAUAGCACAGCUUCAUCCCCAGCCGCAGUCCUCCUUCUCCAGCGCCAUAGCUCCACUACCGGGGUUCUUCCAGCAGGGGGCAGCAGGAACAGUCGCUGCUCAAUUGGCAGUGCCCUCAGCCUCAAGCAUCACCCCAUUGAUCGCCAGCUCCGUCAACCCCAUACUAACGCAGCUGCAGUCUUCUAAGCCAAUUCCUCCGCCAGCCAAACCCAAUCUGGAGUCGACUCACUCGGGCAGGACCACUCAGAACCUGGCUCCAUCUCGGUCUCCGUCCACCGGAUCACCAUGGCACCCGCCACAGCAGCAGCCGGUCUCCAAGUUCCAGACGCAGCACAUUCAAACAGGUCAACAGCCAGGCCUGUCUCCUGAACCAUCUGCUCUGGCCUCAUUGGCCCAGUACGGAUCAGGAAACCCUUCUCCAAGCAGCACUCCACCAGCCUUGACCCCCACCGCCCAGAGCCCCACCACAGAACGAGCAAGGACUUCCAUUCACAGUCAACCGUCCAGUGCUCAUGGAUCCCCAAUUUCGCUUCUAACCCCGCAGACUCUGUACCCACCACCGUCUCACGGCAGAGAGAGAGCAGGUUCAUCCUCUGACCUUGCCUCUCAGGACAUCAGCACCAUAUCCAGGUCUCACGCUUCCUCUCGACCUCAAGAGGGGUCAAAGGGCGUGGGGCAGGGGGCACAUGCCCCAGGUCAUCCCCAUGGGAUGUCCGGGACGUACUUCUCCCCUCACUCAUCUCCGACUCCCGUUAGCAAACCGUUCAGCUCUAUACCUGGUCAUGUGACGUUAUCGAGACAGACUUCACAAGCAUCUAUAGCUCAAACUCUCUCGCGAGGCAGUUCACCCGCCCCUCCCACCGGGGACAGGUCUACCCCAGGGACGCCAGGGGUCGAGCGCUUUCAUCCGAAACUUCCAUCAAAUUUGUGA